ACACUGACGGAUUCAAAUGUCAUUGACUUAGCGAAUGAAUGAUAUUUGUUGAGUAUUCUUAAAUUUUGCUUUUCUCCUUAUUAUUCUCUUCUGUAUAGUUAUAACUUGAAUAAUUAUAAUCAAUAAGAUAUAAAGAAAAAUGGCACAAACAGCGGGCGUAAAGCCUAUGACCAUUGCCGGUCGAGUGGCCUCUGAGAGGGAACGAUGUAUGGGUAUGACCGAUGCUGAAAGAGCUUGGCGCAAACAGUGGUUAAAAGAUCAAGUCUUGGCUCCCAACGAACCUGUAUAUGUAGAGGAAUAUUGGAGAGAAAGGACUAACCCCAUUCGUCGUUUCUAUCGCAAACCCUUGGAUAAAUUAUUCACUGCCCUUAUUCCAAUGCUGGGUGAAGAGCGUGCUGUAAAUUAUAGAUAUAUUACUGGAAAGCUUGGUCUAAUUGCUAUUGGUGUACUUUCUGUACAUUAUUAUUUCAAAUACCAAGGAAAUGAUUGGACAAAGAAAGGUGGUUGGAGAGUUUUGAGGACCAAACCCACAGUUCUUCCAGGCCAACCAGGUUUCCCAUUCAAAUCUGAAAGAUCCAAGCCUUCUGAUUAUGCCGACAGGAACUUCAAGAAUUCAGUAAUUUAAACUUAUAGUUAAUAUGUUUAUAUCACUGAAUUACAAUAAAAAAAUUAUAAUUUUACCUAUAUCUAACAUCUAUAUAUGCAACAUCUAGUUAAAAAAAUAUAUUAUUAGUUAAUAAAGUUUUAUUAAUUUGUA